AGGAGGAGGAGGAGGAGGAGGCGAGACGAGGGCAGCGGAGGAGGCGAGGAGCGCCGGGUACCGGGCCGGGGGAGCCGCGGGCUCUCGGGGAAGAGACGGAUGAUGAACAAGCUUUACAUCGGGAACCUGAGCCCCGCCGUCACUGCCGACGACCUCCGGCAGCUCUUCGGGGACAGGAAGCUGCCCCUGGCGGGACAGGUCCUGCUCAAGUCCGGCUACGCCUUCGUGGACUACCCCGACCAGAACUGGGCCAUCCGCGCCAUCGAGACCCUCUCGGGUAAAGUGGAAUUGCAUGGGAAAAUCAUGGAAGUUGAUUACUCAGUCUCUAAAAAGCUCAGGAGCAGGAAAAUUCAGAUUCGAAACAUCCCUCCUCAUCUGCAGUGGGAGGUGUUGGAUGGACUUUUGGCUCAGUAUGGGACAGUGGAGAAUGUGGAACAAGUCAACACAGACACAGAAACUGCUGUUGUCAAUGUCACAUAUGCAACAAGAGAAGAAGCAAAAACAGCUAUCGAGAAGCUAAGCGGGCAUCAAUUUGAGAACUACUCCUUCAAGAUUUCCUACAUCCCCGAUGAAGAGGUGAGCUCCCCUUCGCCCCCUCAGCGAGCCCAGCGUGGGGACCACUCUUCCCGGGAGCAAGGCCACGCCCCUGGGGGCUCUUCUCAGGCCAGACAGAUUGAUUUCCCGCUGCGGAUCCUGGUCCCCACCCAGUUUGUUGGUGCCAUCAUCGGAAAGGAGGGCUUGACCAUAAAGAACAUCACUAAGCAGACCCAGUCCCGGGUAGACAUCCAUAGAAAGGAAAAUUCUGGGGCCGCAGAGAAGCCCGUCACCAUCCACGCCACCCCGGAGGGCACCUCUGAAGCAUGCCGCAUGAUUCUUGAAAUAAUGCAGAAAGAGGCUGAUGAGACCAAACUAGCUGAGGAGAUUCCUCUGAAAAUCUUGGCCCACAAUGGCUUGGUUGGAAGACUUAUUGGAAAAGAAGGCAGAAAUUUGAAGAAAAUUGAACACGAGACAGGGACCAAGAUAACAAUUUCAUCCUUGCAGGAUUUGAGCAUAUACAACCCCGAAAGAACCAUCACUGUGAAGGGCACAGUCGAGGCCUGUGCCCAUGCUGAGAUAGAAAUUAUGAAGAAGCUACGUGAGGCCUUUGAAAACGAUAUGCUGGCUGUUAAUCAACAAGCCAAUCUGAUCCCAGGGUUGAACCUCAGCGCACUUGGCAUCUUUUCAACAGGACUGUCCGUGCUGCCUCCUCCAGCAGGGCCCCGAGGAGCACCCCCCGCUCCCCCCUACCACCCUUUCGCUACCCACUCCGGAUACUUCUCCAGUUUGUACCCUCCUCACCAGUUCGGCCCGUUCCCGCAUCAUCACUCGUAUCCGGAGCAGGAGAUUGUGAAUCUCUUCAUCCCAACCCAGGCUGUGGGGGCCAUCAUCGGGAAGAAGGGGGCGCACAUCAAACAGCUGGCUAGAUUCGCCGGCGCCUCCAUCAAGAUUGCCCCAGCGGAAGGCCCAGACGUCAGCGAAAGGAUGGUCAUCAUCACCGGACCACCUGAAGCCCAAUUCAAGGCCCAGGGGCGGAUCUUUGGGAAACUGAAAGAAGAAAACUUCUUUAACCCCAAAGAGGAGGUGAAGCUGGAAGCCCACAUCAGAGUGCCCUCCUCCACAGCUGGCCGGGUGAUCGGCAAGGGUGGCAAAACCGUGAAUGAACUGCAGAACUUAACCAGUGCCGAGGUCAUCGUGCCUCGUGACCAAACGCCGGAUGAAAACGAGGAAGUGAUCGUCAGAAUUAUCGGGCAUUUCUUUGCUAGCCAGACUGCACAGCGCAAGAUCAGGGAAAUUGUACAGCAGGUGAAGCAGCAGGAGCAGAAAUACCCUCAGGGAGUCGCCUCACAGCGCAGCAAGUGAGGCUCCCACAGGCACCAGCAAAACAACGGAUGAAUGUAGCCCUUCCAACACCUGACGGAACGAGACCAAACACAGCCAGCCGGAUCGGGAGCAAACCAAAGACCAUCCUGAGGAAUGAGAAGUCUGCGGAGGCCCUGCGACCCAUGGGGGCCAGGAGGGGGCCGGGGGCAGCUGGCUCACCGCGCAGCCCCCCGUCUCCCCCGUCUCCCCCGGGGCCUCUGCAGGCUUCCCGGCCAUCCACUUCACCAUCCACUCGGAUCUCUCCUUAACUCCCACCACGCUAUCCCUUUUAGUUGAACUAACAUAGGUGAAUGUGUUCAAAACAAAGCAAAAUUCACACACUUCUCUUCUUGUGGAAAAUUGCCUCUGUACAUGUGUGUACAUAUUAGAAAGGGAAAGAUUAAGAUAUGUGGCCUGUGGGUUACACAGGGUGCCUGCAGCGUUAAUAUAUUCUAGAAAUAAUAUAUCAAAUAACUCAACUAACUCCCAUUUUUAAUCGAUUAUUAAUGUUUUUUUUCUUUUUUUUUUAAAGAGAAAGCAGUCUUUUCUAGUCUUUAAAGAAGAAAGUCAUUCUUUGGGAGGCCUAAUGGUUUAGUCAGGAGCUUCGAGGCCACCCACACAAAAUUCACCCAGAAGGAAAUCUCAUCAAAAGGACACUCACAGCAGUUCUGGAUCACCUGUGUAUGUCAACAGAAGGGAUACCGUCUCUCUGAAGAGGAAACUCUCUCUUCGUCCCUGUCCAGCUCACACACCCAUUUCUCUGCUUCACAGGUUUUAAACUGGUUUUUGCAUACUGCUAUAUAAUUCUUUGUCUCUCUCUGUUUAUCUCUCCCCUCUUCUGUCCCCCUCCCUUUCUUCUCCAUCCCCAUUCUUUUUAAUUCCCUCAUCCCUCUGACUCCACCCCCUACCUACACACCCCUCCCCCCAGGCAAAGCAGUGCUCUGAGUAUCACAUCACACAAAAGGAACAAACACGGAACACACAAACCAGCCUCAACUUACACUUGGUUACUCAAAAGAACAAGAGUCAAUGGUACUUGUCCUAGCAUUUUGGAAGAGGAAAACAGGAACCCACCAAAUGAACCAAACAAAGAAAAAGUCCACAAAGAAAGAAUAUAUUUUGUCUUUUUACAUUUUGGUGUAUAAGCCAUCAAUUUUCAGCAAAAUGAUUUUUUUCUUUUUUUAGAAAAAAAAAAAGUGGAAGAAAAUAGCAAUUUACACGAGGUCGUUGGCCCAGGGCGUUAAAUUUACAGAUUUUUUUUAACGAGAAAAACACACAAAAAAAGCUACCUCAGGUGUUUUUUACCUCAGCACCUUGCUCUUGUGUUUCCCUUAGAGAUUUUGUAAAACUGAUAGUUGGAGCAUUUUUUUAUUUUUUUAAUAAAAAUGAGUUGGAAAAAAAACUAAGAUAUCAACUGCCAGCCUGGAAAAGGUGACAGUCCAAGUGUGCAACAACUGUUCUGAAUUGUCUUCCGCUAGCCAAGAACCUAUAUGGCCUUCUUUUGGACAAACCUUGAAAAUGUUUAUUAAAAAAAAAACAAAAACAAAAAAAAAUUACAAAGAAAAACAGAGAGAGAAAAAUGUUGGAGAUGUCCUGACUUUCAAUAGGGUACGCGCCAUUAGGGCUUUUUGCGCUAAAGGAUGGACAUGUACUGGUUUAUGUGAACAAGCCAUUUUACCACCAGACUGCAAUGCCAGUUUCCUCUACUGCAAACAGUGUUCUGUGACAAAAACAAAAACAAACAAACAAAAAAAAAAUGAAAUAUAUCCAGCUAACAAGA